GCGUUCCGACCGGCUGAUCCCCGGGCUUCUUUGGAGAACCUAGCGUGGCCAAUGGCUGUCGAUAUUCAACCAGCAUGCCUUGGACUGUAUUGUGGGAAGACCCUAUUAUUUAAAAACGGCUCAAAUGAAAUCUAUGGAGAAUGUGGGGUGUGCCCAAGAGGACAGAGAACAAAUGCACAGAAAUACUGCCAGCCUUGCACAGAGUCCCCCGAACUUUAUGACUGGCUCUAUCUUGGAUUUAUGGCGAUGCUUCCUCUUGUUCUACAUUGGUUCUUCAUUGAAUGGUACUCGGGGAAAAAGAGCUCCAGUGCUCUGUUCCAGCACAUCACUGCACUGUUUGAGUGCAGUAUGGCAGCUAUCAUCACCUUGCUGGUGAGUGAUCCAGUGGGUGUCCUUUACAUCCGUUCCUGCCGAGUACUGAUGCUUUCGGAUUGGUACACGAUGCUUUACAACCCGAGUCCAGAUUACGUUACCACAGUGCAUUGCACUCAUGAAGCAGUCUACCCGCUAUACACCAUCGUGUUUGUUUAUUACGCCUUCUGCCUGGUGUUGAUGAUGCUUCUCAGGCCUCUGCUGGUGAAGAAGAUUGCCUGCGGGCUGGGGAAGUCUGAGCGGUUCAAAAGCAUCUAUGCUGCCCUUUACUUCUUUCCCAUCCUGACCGUGCUGCAGGCAGUUGGUGGAGGCCUCUUGUAUUAUGCCUUUCCCUACAUUAUAUUAGUGUUAUCCUUGGUGACUCUGGCUGUGUACAUGUCUGCUUCAGAAAUAGAGAACUGCUAUGAUCUCCUGGUCAGGAAGAAAAGACUCAUUGUCCUCUUCAGCCACUGGCUGCUCCAUGCCUAUGGGAUAGUCUCCAUCUCCAGAGCAGACAGGCUUGAACAUGACCUGCCGCUUUUGGCUUUGGUACCUACACCAGCUCUGUUCUACUUGUUCACUGCAAAAUUUACUGAACCAUCACGGAUACUCUCAGAAGGGGCCAAUGGACACUGAAUAUAAAAUACCAAAAAGAAAAAAAAACCCACAAAAAACCAAAAAACCCUAAAAAGUAUUCUUAAUAAAAGAAAGUGAAGAAGAAAUUAAAAUGCAUUCUGUGAUACAUGGGAACAAGAUGGUCUGGAUAUCUUAAUGCUUGUUUUUUUAUCUUUUGAUUUAAUGGACCUUGUGGUCAGACUUGGAAAUUGCACAGCAUCACGGUAGUAUCUGUCAUACUGGAAGCCCGAACAUCCAUGUUUCUGUGCACCUGCGAGAGUGGGUGUUCCCUAGAUUUUUGUGAAUACCUUUUAUCAAGUAUAUUCAGAACACCUUUGCUGUGGCCUGGUUACUCCUGCUUGUGAGCUGUGCAUUUAGCUUUCACCUAUAAGGAAGUACAAAGGCAAAUGUACUUGUGGGGUAUGAGGGCAACUACAGGAGCAAAGAUGUCUUUGUCAAUGUCUAUUUAUUUUCACCAAUACAGUAUUUUAGUAAUAUUACAAAAUAAAGCAUAAUUUAUACAAUGAGCUUUUUGUUUAUAGACAGUUUGGUUGAAGACCUGUCCAGAUGACUGUUCCUGUAAAGAGGAAAACAAUAAAGAGUUUAAUUGUAAAAUAA